GUUAUCGGCGUUUCUCCGAGCAAAUUGAAAUUUUCCUCGCCAACGAACGGUUCGUGCGCGCUCGCGAGUUUCUUGUGCAUCCGUACCUCCGUAUCCGCAACAAAAACAACAACAGCACCUGGCCAAAUCUGCGGGCCAUUUUUCGCACUUUGCCAAACGAGGAAGAAGCAGGAGAGGAGUUCUUCGUUGAGAACGGUACUUGCAAAGUACCGAAAAUAACAAAACAAAAACAACGGAGCAGCAACAGCCUCACACAUACAUACACACGCGGGAAUUUUUUCGGGCCUCGCUUAGCGCGCGUGUGUGUGUGUGUUGCAGUUGCAUAGUUUUUGCUUCUUUUAUUUUUUUUUUUGUUGUUUUGUACUGGAAUUUUGUCUUCUCCCUCUCUCUGUGUGGAAAACGGAGAGAGCGCGCGCAACGUUUUCCGCAGAAUUAUUUUUAAGCGUGUGUGUUUAUCAUUAAAACUACAAUUUUUUUUGGUUCUUGUGCAGUUGAGAUUUGAAUUUUACCCCCGCAAAAUACAAAAGGCAAUCAAACGAAGGAUUAUAAAGUCAAAAAAUCGAAAGAAGAUUCGAUCUUCACACACACAAAACAACACCCCACAGCACACACACAACAAACACACACCAUGUUCACCGAAAAGGGAAUCUUUCCCAUUGGAGACGGACUUCUGGACGUGGACGCCGAUCGGCUGAAGGGACUCCUCGUGUCGUGUCACGACAUCAACGAGAUCUACGAGGUGGAACAGACGCCGUUUGCCAGGGGCAAAUUCGCCGCCGUUCGCCGCGCCAUCCACAAGAACACGGGCUCGCACUUCGCGGCCAAGUUCCUGAAGAGGAGGCGCCGGGCGCAGAGCAGCGACAAGGAGAUCAAGCACGAGAUCGCGGUGUUGAUGCUCUGCGAGGGCGAGGACAACAUCGUCAACCUCAACGCCGUCCACGAGACGCGCUCGGACACAGCACUCCUGCUGGAGCUGGCCACUGGUGGCGAGCUGCAGACGAUCCUGGACAACGAGGAGUGCCUGACGGAGGCGCAGGCCCGCCACUGCAUGCGCGAGGUGCUCAAGGCGCUGAAGUUCCUGCACGACCGCUCCAUUGCCCACUUGGACCUCAAGCCGCAGAACAUCCUGCUCGCCGGCGAGCGCAUAGAAGAUGGAUUGAAGCUGUGCGACUUUGGCAUCUCGCGGGUGGUGUGCGAGGGCAUCAACGUGCGGGAAAUGGCUGGCACACCCGACUACGUGGCCCCCGAGGUGCUGCAGUACGAGCCGCUGUCCCUGCUGACGGACAUCUGGUCGGUGGGCGUGCUCACCUACGUGCUGCUGUCCGGAUUCUCGCCCUUCGGCGGCGACACCAAACAGGAGACCUUCCUCAACAUCUCGCAGUGCGCCCUCACCUUUCCGGACAACCUCUUCGGCGGCGUCUCGCCGGUGGCCAUCGACUUCAUCCGUCGCGCAUUGCGAAUUAAGCCAAACGAUCGCAUGAGUGCCGCCGGCUGCUUGGAGCACGUCUGGCUGAAGGACGACUGUUCCCUGGACAGACAGAUCUAUCUGCAGCCCCAGAGCGAUGCCGAAGAGGAAGAGGAGGAGGAGGAGGACGACGAUGACGAUGACGCGGAAGUGGAUGAUGAAGAGGAGCCCAUCGAGGCGGCGGAAGAGGAGCUGGAGGAGCAGACCGUGGAGGAGCCAGCGACAGAGCCAACCCAUCAGCAGCAGCAACAACAACAGCAGCAGCAGCAGCAGCAACAACAGCAGCUGCAACAACAUCAGCAGCAGCAGCAACAGCAGCAACAUCAUCAGCUGGCCAAAUCCGGCAGCAAUAGCAAACCGACGCACAAUGGCCACCAUCGGGCGAAUAGCAGCGGCAGCAUCUCCAAGAUACCCAUUGCCACCAGCAAGCUGUUGAGCAGUCCCAGCUCGGAGACCACCACGGCCAUCCACACGCUGACCAGCAACAGCAUCGGCAACAGCAACAGCAACAAGCCCACCCAGAUUGUGACGCCGACGCGACGAGCCUCGGAUUCGGACAAGGAGAACACAUACACGGCCACGUUUGUGAAGAAACCGGUGGCCACCAUCCAGCUGGGCAGCUCCAACGGCAUCGACGAUGCCACAGUGGUGGCCACACUCACCCUCUUUCCCGAUGCCCCCACCACGCCCAAGGUGAUCCGCAAGACGCCCUCGGGCGAAUCGAACGGCUCGGCCACGUCCGUCAAGGCUCUGGUCAAGAAGUUCCAGUUGGAGGACUCGGUGGGUUCGGCAUCCAUGUGCCGACGCAGUGGGGGAUCGGCGGUGAACGGCAGCAGCUGCAGCAGCAGUGGCUUGCAUUCGCCCACGACGACGAGGAUGAACAGCAUACGUCGGGCAUCGGAGCCGCUGACCACGGUCUACAAGAAGCAGCAGCAACAGAUGCCACAGAAUAGAUGCAGUGGGAGUCCAAGCCCGGGCAGCAGUCCUAACUCCGGCAGCACCGCCACCCUGCUGAUCCACAGCCAGCGUUUGGCCAGCAGUCCGGCUCCAGCAACAGCAUUAGCAACAGCAUCAGCCACAGCCACCUCCUCCGCCAGCAGCAGUAGCUCUAGCUCCAGCUCCAGCUCAGGGAAGACAGCGAGCAAUAACGCCGCCCAUCAUCUGCACCACCAUCACAUGCACCACCAUCACCAUCAUCACCACCAUCAUGUGGUGAUUGCGGCCAAGAAUGCCGCCGCCGUGGCCGCCACCAACAACCUGAGCCUGGACCAGGGUAUCAUCUGUUAGCUAAGGGCCAGCCGGGCCACCCGCAAUGCCAAAAGUUUCUUUCAUCGCUUCCUGUGCUGCAUGUAACCACCAGCUGCCAUGGCUACCACAAGCACUAUCACGACCACGACCGCGCCCCCUCCACCGACCACCGCCCACUGGCAGAGGGCCAAAGCGAAUGCGAAGAGGAGGGGCGGCUGCGAAACACCACCUAGCUGCAGGAUCACUAGGUGGCAAAGUGGCGAUUUAAGGAGCUAUGGCUAUGGAAAUGGAAAUGGAAGUGGAACAGCUUUGGGCAGUCAUUGGAGAUGGAGAUGGAAGGGCAAUGGAGAUGCAGAUGGAGAUGGAAACCCGAACUGGAAUUGGAAUUGGAAUUGGUGCUGCAGCGGGAGAUGGAAGUGGUUGUGGAAACGGAAGCCAAACUGGCAAGACGACGACGACGAGGAUGCAUUGAUUUCGAUUUGAGCUUAGUUUAGUUAAUGUUUUACGACCCUAGCAUCUAAAAUGGGUACUGCAGAAUCACGGUUGCCAAUUGACAAAAAAAAAAAACAAAAAAACCUUAUUUUCGUACCAAACUUUACAUUUUUAUAAGUUAAAUAAAAGAAUAUUUUAAUUUUUUUUGUUAACAUACAUGUAGAUUUAAAAUAUAAUAUCACAGACUUGUUUAGUGGCAACCGUGUCUAGGUGAUCCACAGCAUCCUCCCUCCCCUCCCCCCACACACACACACUCAUACACACACACACACACACACACACACACUAGAAAAACGAAAAACAACUUAGCUAAAGUCGCGAUAAAUUCAAAUUGUAUGCGAAAACUGAAGCAAAACGAAAGAGAUGAAAGAUAAAUGAGAUCGAACAGAGCGUUUGGAAGUUGUAGUGGUAGAGUAAGCUGAUUUCAACGGAAUUUUUGGUAAACAUAUCAUCCAUGUUUGUUAUACGUUUAGAAGAAACCACAAAAAAAAAAAAACAAAAAAAAAAACAAAGAAAAAAUAAGGAUGAGAAGGAUUAUAGAGUUCAUUGUUUCAACGAAUAUAUAUAAAUGUCAAUUUUCGGCCCACAAGGCAAGCAAGUAAGCCCUUUGGCCUAGCAUAAAUUAUACAACUAUAUAUAUUAUCUAUAUACAUAUGCAUACACAUAUAGACCUAUUCAUAGCAUAUAUAUAUGUACCAAAAAAUAGGGAGAAUCGGCGACAGUUUGUCAGCCCGCCAUUGGUUAUGUAGAGCGUUUGUUAAUCGGCCAAUCAGUGCAUCAAUCAGAUGAUAAUCAAUCAUAUAGCGUACAGUGUUAUUCGCCUAAAGGGAAUGAGAAUUUAGAGAAUGUUACAAGCCAAGCAAAAUUGUUAAUCGUGUGUCUCGGUGUGUGUUCAAUCGUUCAAUCGUUCAAAUCGUUGCAUAAAUGUUGCCUAGAAUACAUUACAUUACUAAGAAGAAGCCACUCAGAUCAUAUAAGGAAGCAUCUUGAGGAAGAGAACUAAUCGUUUAACUCACGUAGGCCCCAUCUACCAUUUAUCCGAUCCCAAUCCUGAUUCCGAUCCAGAUCCCCCAGUUCUCCUCGUUUAAAGUCGGUUUUUGUAUAUAUUUCCAGCAAGCAGAAUGCAAAAUGCAGCCAGCAGCGCAUAUAAUUAAAUGUAAUUCUUUAUUUUUUCGAUAAUCAUAUCUUAAAGCUUGAUAUACGAGUUGUAUUUAUUAGGCAAAACGUUUGUGUGGUCGGCUAUCGAUGGAGGUCAGUUAAUUGUUAAAGAAAAAUGCUUAAUUUAUCGUAAUCGAUUACCCUUUUCUUUUAUAUUUAAUACUUGCGUGUACUUCUCUUAAUUACUAUGAUUUUUUUUUUAAAUACACCUAAACCACUUUUUGUGUUUACUGUAUAUGUACAUUAGUAGUUAAAGGCGAAGACGAAGACUUUUCGGCCACCAACAUAUAAUAAAAACUGCGCCAGAUGGAGCGAGAAGUGUGUUUUAAUUAUUAGUAAUUUCAAUUGAUUUUUUGUGUUUAGAGAAUCUAUUUCUAUGAGAAGACAAACAAAGAUGCAAAUUCUAUUAUAUAUUAUAUUAUAUAGUAACUAUUUUAUAGAUAACUAAUUUAAAAUAUAUUCAAUAAAAACCACAAAAAUUACUAAA